UGCACCUAUUAAGGGGAGCCACAGUUGUUACCUUGCCCACAAAAAUAUCUUCGAGACUAAUGGGUUCACGACCACUGACUGAAAGUCAAUGAUGGCAGCACGGUACCGACGAAUCCACAGCAUUGUCGUUGUGCCACCAAAUCGACAGCCAGAAAGACGAGGCAUAAUGCUUCAUCAUGGCGCCGAAGUGUAAACGCUUCACUGACUCAUGCAAUCCGGGGUUUGGGCCGAUGCAAUCAAGAGCACAAUGUGAUUGAAGUGAUCUUGCGGCCGGUACACACCAUCCUGGUCCAAGAGCUUUUUUCCGGUCGGCGUUUCUUUUGAUGGAACAAACAGUACUUUGCCCUCCGUAAUUCGUUCACGAAGUCAAUAACUACACAAAGUCCCAGAAGUGAUGCUCCUAAUGUGGACGGUGUCUGCAUCCCCCACGAGCUCAAUCUAGCGUCUCUCAUAUCACUGAAACGGCUCCCUCAACAGAGCGCGAGACUUUGUGCUCCGCUAGUCCACGACGCGACGAGUCUUGGUUCGGUUCCUGCAAGAAAAAGUUUCCUCUGAAGAGAUCGACGAGUGGGUGACCCACCGCCGGGAGCCAAUUCGCCGUAAACAGGAUGCGACUGUCACCGCUGCAAAAAUUGCAGUUUUGAGCGACGCCGAUUUCUCGUGUCUCGUCGAAUUUUGUCGCUUGACAAGUGCAUGACGUACACGAGACGUGUUACAUGGGCACAUAUCUCUGGAUUAGAAUUGCCAUUCACCAAUUCGACUGUCCACUUGUGAACCCGGAGACUGCUUUCUUGAAUGCAUUAUCUUUUCUUAGCGAACUCACCCUUCGUCCACACGGUAAGUUUUGCAGACUUGACGACCACCCGUUUCUGAGCUAAGACCCCCGUCUCUGCGCGUGCCAGGAUUCCACUGCGCGUCUCCGUUUACGGCCUUCGAAGUACAAAUUUUUACUAACACGCUAUCGAGUCGCAAGAGCCGUGGUGAGGCGGCUCGUUAGUUUCUUUUCAGUAAAAACCGCCCCGUGGUGUAUCAUCAGAAGGAAGAUAACCUUUACCCUAGGUUCGUCGGCGAUUAUUUCGGUUUCCCUCACAGUCGAGGGUUCAGGUGCAUUGUGCUGCUUCCUUCGACGCGGCAACACGCCGUCGCAGGCAUUUCAGCAAUGCAGGGCUGUUCGUACAAACAUCAGACUCAGGACCGAAUGUUUUUUUUCUGUGCUUCGUGGAUGAAUUCCGUUCGUUACAGCGGAUGACGGUUGACUCGUCCACGUGGAAGAGGUCAAUCGGUACGAACGGUCGAACGAAUUGGUAGUGCUUCGAUGAGUUGGGUGUAUUGGCCCUUACGUGCAAAAACUGAUAGGGCGUGUGCAAAGGAAAAUAACAGGUCUAGCAUGCACCGGCUUGAGAAAUUGCGGUCACGCAUCCGUUGACCGUCCGCAGUCAGCAGGGCUGCGAAACGGGGCUUCACCUAGAGAAUGCUGAUGUCUAAUUAUUCACACUUCAUGUGUUAGAUCGUGUGUUGCGAUUCUUUGACAAAACCGUUGAUCUCUUCUCCACACUCGCCAAAGAGCGAAAUAUCAGGGAAAAGUUGUCACUUCAUUGCGACACUUUUUUUCAUUGACAGUCGUUUUUCCAGCAGGUGUGCAUGUGGCCGAACAUUGCUACCCAGUGAAGAUGAUUCUGAGGCACUUGGUUGAUCUCGCGACCGCAGGCGUACUGUUGGUACUUUUCAACGGUGCGGCAGGCCCGGUGAGUGGACUCGUAGGGAAACAGGAGAGUGGUUGUCAUAUAUCCCUUCGGCAAGGGCUACCUGCAGGGGCGUGGAAGAAAGUUCGCGACGGCGGCUGCCUAGUAGGUCUUCCGUCGAAUCUCGUCGUAGAUCCCGCUUUCCCGAAUAUCGUCGAAACUUUAGAUUCCCCAGACUUCAUCGGCGGUCAACUAUGUGACUGGCUCGACGUGCAGUGGCUUAAGCACACAACUGUGGCGAAGGAAGUCUUCAAAGCACCUACGGGAGUUCUAAAGUUCAUGAGACGUCAAUCGGAAUUCCGCUUUGAAGACUCUCUGGAGGUUGUUAUCAGCUACAUUGACUUGGUUGAUUAUCAGCAUGUUCGCGGUAUCAGAGGUCACGUACCAAUACCGUGGGCGACGGCUACAUUUCGUUACAAACCACCAACACAUGACUUCGGCGAUGCAGUGGUCCCCUUCAUUGCUCGAGGUGGGCCCCGAUAUUCACCUACUAAAGUACAUUUCCUGCUCGUACCGGAGAUCGCCCGUCGGCUACGACUGGAUACCGGCUACAUUCCCGGUCACGUUUCACCGGACGUUGUCGUCUCGGACAAAAUAAACGACGGCACACAGUUGGAUUUCAAUGCUGAACAGCCUCUGCUCCUGCGCAGUUUCUUGAUUUUCGAUGGAGCAUGUACGUUCCUUGAUGGCCGACUGCAAACAACAGACUUACAGCUGUGCCACUGGGCAGAGAACUGGGGGAAAGUUUACACGUCAUCAUCUGCCAUUAUGCAAAUACACAAGCUCGCCUUGUUCAACUCCUACCCAGCAGGUUUUGUAGCGACGAUGGAACUUCGAAGCCCAGAGUACAGUCGCUAUGGCAAAUUUGUUCAUGUUUUUCUGAAACCAAGUACUCAACUGGCAGGCACCUUUCAAGAGUCACAUGACUAUGUCAUUCGCAGGUACCGUGAAUUGUGAUUCGGUUUUGCAAGUCGAAAGUACCUUGUCUUGAAAAAGCGUGUAUGUGCCAACACUUUGCGACUGCCAUUGAUACGCAGAAAUGACUGUUGACAUAUUCGAGGUCCCUCCUCAAUGUUCACAAUUAAUACAUUGGUUACAGAUGUCCGCUGUGCAGACUGCGCAUGUGAUUGUAUCAUGUUAGUUGUAAUGUGAGAACGAGAAACUGGCCAACUUCGAAGCACUUGGUAUGGGACUGUGGUAUUUUUAUUUUGCCUAGUCUCCCUUUUUCGUCGAUGGUAAUGUGUUACUGGUUGUACUCACAUGGGCCACCACCACUUUGGCGGCGCACGUCAAUCAGGAUCCAUGGCGUGAAUUGCUGGAAUGAAUCAGAGAAAGUUUCCUGAUGGGACCAUCGUGCUGACGUAGCCGCAACAAGUUCCUUGCUCAGAAGUGUUCCUGCUUCUGUAGCAGUAAGCGAAGACUCACAUGCAAUGUAACCGACAAAAAAUUAACUUUGCUUAUUUGUGAUGUUACAAAAAGAGUAAAGUUGUGUAUUGUGCCUUGCCAUCGUGUCAAGGACCACUGUGUGACCCAGCGGCAGUCACAGCAUAUGUCCACUUUUGUCGUCUUGGGGCCAUGGUUUACAGUGGGAUGCUUUAGUACCCCGAAAACCAUGCUUGAAGAGUGUGGGAGGGACCUGUAUGGUGAUUGAAUGUUAUUUAGUUCCUCUCCUGCGCCACAAGCGCGAAGGCUAUACAUCGAAAAGAAUGCUAUAGGUGAUACAAUACAUACUUUUCGGCAAGCAGCAGAUGCGUCCGAGCUAAACAUAGAGAAACGGGUAAUCUGGUAUGUCUGUUCAUUAAAUCGAUUUAAUCACGACAAUAAUGCUUGAAUCCUUCCCAUGAUACUCAUGAGAACCUCUCAAUUUCUCCCAUUCUG